AUGCUGCAUUUGAGUAAGGGGGAUUUUGUGUGGCUGGAGUCCAGUGGAGGAGUGCCGAUCGGGGCAGAGGUCAAGGUGACUAGCUCCGGGCAGCUUCAGCUCAUCGACGAUGAAGGAAAGGAGCACAAGAUCAAAAAGAAGAUGCAGGCCACCAUCCGGCCCAUGCACCCCACCUCUGUGAAGGGUGUGGAUGACAUGAUAAGACUGGGAGAUCUCAGUGAGGAGGGGCUCCUCAGGAACCUCCUGGUGCGACACAGGGAAGGCAUCAUCUAUACGUACACAGGCUCCAUUCUGGUUGCAGUCAACCCUUACCAGCUGCUGCCCCUCUACACCACUGAGCACGUGCAAAAGUACACAGAUCGACGACUGGGUGAACUGCCGCCGCACGUCUUUGCCAUCGCUGACAACUGCUUCUUCAAUAUGCGCCGCCACCGAAAGAAGCAAUGCUGUGUCAUCAGUGGAGAGUCAGGAGCAGGGAAGACUGAAAGCACCAAGCUCAUGCUGCAGUUCCUGGCUGCAGUGAGCGGCCAGCACUCCUGGAUCGAGCAGCAGAUUCUUGAAGCGAAUCCCAUCUUGGAGGCCUUUGGUAAUGCCAAAACAAUUCGAAAUGAUAACUCCAGUCGUUUUGGGAAGUACAUUGAAAUCAGCUUCACCAAAGGUGGAGCCAUUGAAUCGGCCCGCAUUGAGCAAUACCUGCUGGAGAAGUCCCGAGUUUGUCGUCAGGCGCCUGAGGAAAGGAACUACCACAUCUUUUACUACAUGCUGAUGGGCAUGACAGCUGAGCAGAAGAAGAUUCUUUCGCUUGGGAACGCCGCUGAGUACCACUAUCUGAACAUGGGUGCAAACAACAAAUGUGAAGGACGUGAUGAUGUUAAGGAAUACGCCCACUUCCGUUCAGCUCUGAAGAUCCUCAUGUUCACAGAGAAUGACUCCUGGGAGAUCUCCAAACUGCUGGCUGCCAUCCUUCACCUGGGCAAUGUGAAGUUUGAGAGCACCAUAGUAAAUAACCUCGAGGCCUGUGACAUCAUCACAUCGUCCCAUUUCGACAUGGCCAGCCAACUUUUGGAUGUGGCUCCCAAAGAGCUGGAGAGGAGUCUGACUCAGCACUGCUUCAUGGCUUCCAGAGAGAGCGUGACCAAAGCUCUGACCUCUGCUCAGGCUGUGGACAGCAGGGACGCCUUUGUCAAGGCCAUUUAUGGACGGCUCUUCCUUUGGGUUGUGGACAAAAUCAACGCUGCCAUUUACAAGCAGCCUGAGGAUUCUGAGGAGGUCAAACAGUCCAUCGGCUUGCUUGACAUCUUUGGCUUUGAGAACUUCACCAAUAACAGCUUUGAGCAGCUGUGCAUCAACUUUGCCAAUGAACAGUUGCAGCAGUUCUUUGUCAAGCAUGUUUUCAAGCUGGAGCAGGAGGAAUAUGCCCGUGAAAACAUUGUUUGGAAGCAUGUUGACUACCAAGAUAACCAACGCACCCUGGACGUAUUGGCCAACAAAUCUCUGAACAUCCUGUCGCUCAUUGAUGAGGAGAGCAACUUCCCCAAGGGCACAGAUGGCACCAUGCUCCAAAAAAUCAAUCAGGUCCAUGGGAAAAGUGGCAUCUACAUCCCCCCCAAGAACGACCAUGACACACAGUUUGGAAUCCAACAUUUUGCUGGAGUGGUCCACUAUGAUUCAAAAGGUUUCCUCGAGAAAAACCGUGACACCCUCAGCUCAGAUCUGAUUCUGCUGGUGGAGACCUCCACCAAUAAACUCCUCAAACAGGCGUUUCAAAAGGAGCUGUCCACCAGUACAGUCAAGAGCGGCACCAACAAAAGGGUGGCCAUCACCUCGGCCUCCAACAGCCUCCGGCAAAUAUCUGAUGGCAAGAAGCGUGUUCCAACUCUGACCGGCCAGUUCCGUCAGUCUCUGGAUUCCCUGAUGAAGACACUGACUGUGUGUCAGCCCUAUUUCAUACGCUGCAUUAAACCCAACGACUUCAAGAAGCCCAUGCUGUUUGACAGAGAGCUGUGCAUACGUCAGCUCCGUUACUCCGGUAUGAUGGAGACCAUCAGGAUCCGGAAAGCUGGAUAUCCUGUACGCUACACAUUCGACGAGUUUCUCGGUCGCUACCGCGUCCUUCUGAAAACUUGCCUCUGUGACCCCAAAAAAGAAAGUAACGUGAAAUGCUGUGAAAGCAUCUGUCAAGCUGUGCUCGCUGGAGAGGGAGACUGGAAGAUUGGCAAGACAAAGAUAUUCCUCAAGGACUACCAUGACACCAUGCUUGAGGUAGACCGCAUGAAAGAACUAAAUGUGAAAGCACUUAUAAUCCAGAAAGUCCUGAGAUGCUACAAGUACAGAAAACAGUUCCUGAAGAAAAAGGCAGGCGCUCUUGUUAUUCAGAAAUACUGGAGAGGACACAAAGGCAGACAGCUGUACAAAGUGGUGCAGCAUGGCUUUGCAAGGCUACAGGCCCAGGUUCGUUCUCGCCAACUCCACUUCCAGUACAAGAAGAAACGAGCGGCAGCCAUCGUGCUGCAGACCCAAGCCAGAGGAUACCUGGCCAGGAAGGAAUGGAAGCGCAAGAGGAACGCUGUGAUCCUCCUGCAGGCACAGACCAGAGGUUUGCUGGCAAGAGCUGCUCUCAAAAGGAAGAAAAGACAUAUGUACCUUUCAGCUAAAAAUAGAGAAGAAGAACGGCUGGCCAUUUUGGAAAAACAAAGACUCUUGGAUGAAGCGCUGAAGAAAGACACGGACGAUUUCAUCACAGACCAGGAGAUGGUGGACAGGAUCUUUGGCUUCCUCCCCAUUGCUGUUGCAGGCCAGGAGAGCCAGCCGCCACAUGUCUGUAUCUGUUUUCAGAGCUUUGAGGGGAGAAGGAUGGCUUUCGAGGAAAUAGACAUUGAUGACCUGCCCAUGGAGGAAGAUUUUCCCAAAGAAGACUACGAUGACCUGGAUGAGUACUCCUUCUCCAAAUUUGCCUCCAUGUACUUCCAGGGGGCAGCCACCCCCACCCACAUCCGCCAGAGGCUUCGGCAGCCCCUGCUUUACCAUGAAGAUGGAGGAGAUGUCCUGGCCUCGCUGACAGUGUGGUGGAUCAUCCUAAGGUUCAUGGGAGACCUACCUGAGCCAAAGAAGCAGGUCCAGGUCAGGGGAAACUACAUGCAAGGACCCCCUCUGCCACAGGGCCGGGUCUCCAGAGGGUAUCAGAGGGUGCAAAGUCAUAAAAAUGAAAGAAAGCCUUCCACAGCACACGAGGAGCCCACAUAAAAUAGAAAGAGCUCCAUGUUUGACAAGAAACAAGAAGGCUUUUGCUAUUCAGCGGCUCAAAACCUGAAGGUAUACACUGCGCCACAAGGGAGGGAAUCCACAUUUGCCGAACCACUGUCCAGGAACAGAAAAGCAUCCGCUGAAAGAAAGUUCUCUCUCAUUUUUAAACAUUUUUUUUCACCCACCCGGCAGACUAUAAAUGAGGACAGUGAUGGAGAAGGAGCCACCUUGGACCGACCGCUGACGUCUCUCGAAAAACUCCACAUCAUUGUGGGAUAUGCCAUCGUCAGACCUGAUCUCAGGGAUGAAAUUUACUGUCAGAUCUGCAAGCAGCUUCAGGAAAACACCAACCGCAACAGCUACUUCCGUGGCUGGAUCCUGUUGUCCCUCUGUCUGGGCAUUUUUUCUCCGAGUGACAUCUUUUUAAAGUACCUGCAGAGUUUCAUCCGUUUCGCUCCAGGUGGCUACCCUUACUACUGUGCUGAAAGGCUGCGGCGCACACGAAUGAACGGAGUGCGAGGGGAGCCUCCGGCCUGGCUGGAGCUGCAGGCAACCAAGACAAAGAAGCCCAUAAUUGUGUCUGUGACGCUGAUGGAUGAACGCUCCGUUAACCUGCCUGUUGACUCAGCAUCUACCGCCAAAGAGAUCUGCCAGCUCCUGUCUAACAAAGUCAAACUCGAAGACACCUUUGGCUUUUCUGUCUACGUCGCCUUGUAUGAAAAGGUGUGGGCUCUGGGCAGCAGCCGGGAGCAUGUGAUGGAUGCCAUCUCCCAGUGUGAGCAGGAGGUGAAGAGGAGAGGAGGGCAGGAACAGCACGCUCCAUGGCGUCUUUUCUUCCGUAAGGAGAUCUUCACCCCCUGGCAUGACUGCAAAGAGGACAAGAUCAGCACAGACCUCAUCUACAAACAGAUCAUCCACGGCCUGAAGUUUGGAGAGUUCCAGAGUAGAAAGGAGGAUGAUAUUGUUCAGCUUGCUGCAAAACAUUUAUACAUUCAGCACGGCUCAGACAGCAGCCGUGAACACGUGAAGGACGCUGUUCAGGACUGCAUCAGCAGCUCCUUGCUGGAGGCCAAGUCAGAGGCCAAAUGGGUGCAAAUGGUCAGCACUGCUCACGCUCAGGGUCCAUACUUGAGUUCAAGGCAAAAUGCAGAUUCAGUGAAGGCGGAGAUAGUCGACUACGCCCGAGAGAAGUGGCCCAUGUUCUUCUCCAGGUUCUUUGAAGUUGUCAAGGUGUCAGGUCCUCCCCUGCCAAAGAGCAAGUUCAUUGUGGCCGUAAACUGGACUGGUAUCACCUUCCUGGAUGAGAGAGAGAAGAGACUGCUGGAGCUCUCCUUCCCUGAGGUCACCGGAGUCAACACCGUCAGGCAGGGUAAAGCGUCUGGCCAUGCGGUGACCCUGCUGACACUGAAAGGAGACUUCACUCUGAGUGGGGGCACAGCUGAGGACAUGGCAGAGCUGGUUACAAUGUUCCUCAGUGGACUCACAGAGAGAUCUCAGUAUGCUGUGACGCUGAAGGAAGCCGACAGACGAGACGACCCCACAUUCCUGAGCUUCAAGAAAGGAGAGCUCAUUAUCAUAAUCAACGAUGAUGAGUUUUCUAAGCAGCGUGGCUGGAUAAAGGGCGAAAAUGACCGCACAAAACAAACGGGAGCCGUCCCCACCGAUGCCAUCUUUAUCCUGCCAACGCUCAGCAAGCCCACCAGUGAGGUCAUGAACCUCCUCAACUUGUCUCCUAACCAAAGGAAGAACUUCAUACAGGCAAACGACACAGGAACAAUGGAGAGAUCAGCUCCUGCCACUCUGAAGGAAUUCUCCCUCGAGUACUUCAGGCAGCCCACUAAAGAUGUGAACCGUCAGGUGAUUUCCAGGAACGCUGCACCUGAGAGGCUGUGGGCCAACUCCAGAGAACCAAUCAGACAGCCCCUCCUCAAGAAACUGGGCAACUCUGAUGUCAGCCACAAAGCCUGUUUGGCCUUCACUGCCAUCCUAAAAUAUAUGGGAGAUUACCCCGCCAAGCAGGUACAGAGUCCUCUGGAGCUCACCGACCAGAUCUUCGGCCCCGCCACCGAGAAUGAGGCUCUCAGGGACGAGAUCUAUUGCCAAAUCAUGAAGCAGAUGACCAACAAUAACAACCGGUUCAGCAUGGAGCAGGGCUGGCAGCUGCUGUGGCUCUGCUGUGGCCUGUUUCCUCCCAGCCAGCCUCUUCUGAGACACACUCAGCGAUUCCUGGACUCGCGCCGCAGAGAGCCGCUCGCCACCGACUGCCUGCACCGGCUGCAGAGCUCGCUGAGGAUGGAGCCCAGGAAGCUUCCACCACACCAGGUUGAGUUAGACGCCAUCCAGCUGAACAGCACCCAGAUUUUCCACAAAAUCUGCUUCCCCAACGACACAGAGGAGAUAUUUGAGGUCAAGACAAGCACCAAGAUCAGGGAUCUCAUCCAGAACAUUGCCAACAAGCUCCGUCUGGGUUCAGCAGACGGCUUCAGCAUUUUUGUCAAAACACAUGACAAGGUUCUCAGUUUGGAUGACACAGACUACUUCUUUGAUCAUCUGAGACAAAUCACUGACUGGUCCAAGAGAGCCAAGAGAAUCAAAGAAGCUGGACCAGUCAACGUACCCUACCUUGUGUUCUUCAUGAGGAAGUUGUGGUUCAACGUGAUCCCUGGCAGAAACACAGAGGCCGAUCUAAUCUUCCAUUUCCCUCAGGAGCUACCAAAGUACCUGAGAGGCUAUCAUGUUUGCACCAAAGAAGAAAUGGUCAGCAUGGCGGCUCUGCUCUUCAGGAUAAAGGUCAGCAAGGACGUGAGCCAGUUUGUCAUGAUUCCCAAGAUGCUGAAGGAGCUGGUUCCUGCAGACCAGCUGAGGGCCAUGUCUGAAAAUGACUGGAAGAAGAGUAUUGUGGCCUCUUAUAACAAACAAGCUGGCAUGAGUGUUGAAGAAGCUAAGGUGACCUUUCUGAAGGUGGCUUACCGCUGGCCGACGUUCGGCUGUGCCUUCUUUGAAGUGAAGCAAACGUCAGAACAAAGUUUCCCAGAUAUUGUACGAAUAGCCAUCAGCAAGCAAGGCCUCACCAUCAUCCACCCGAAAACCAAGGACGUUUUGGCAAAUCACCCCUUCAACCACAUCGCCAACUGGUGCAGUGGCAGCACCUUUUUUCACAUGACUGUUGGCAACUUAGUGAAGGGGAACAAAUUCCUGUGUGAAACUUCCCUGGGGUACAAGAUGGACGAUCUCAUAACGUCCUACGUCAACAUGUACCUCAGAGAGAGGAGGGCACAGCGCACCAGGAACCAGCACUUCAACAGCUGA